AUGCAACUCUGCCACUACCUCCACCUCUGCGAUAAGGAAGAGCGCAAAGUGCUUAUCCGGAUUCUCUCGAACGAACACCCGUUCGCACUCGAGAAAUUCCGCCACAGCUACUCGCGCAACUACAAGACAUACAGCAUCCUGCCCCGCGAACAUCGCUUCUGCCGUCUGUGCGCCGGUGCAACGGAGUCGCCAGAACACGCGCUCUUGAUCUGCACCGGUGACGACAGGUUACGCGAUAUGCGGGCAAUCUUCCUCGCUCAAGCAGCGGCCCGUCAGCCCGGUCUCCCGGACACGACUGACGCCGCGCGCGCGACGGAGACGCUGCAGUCUUUGCUCUCCUUACCCAGUAUCGCAGGGGAACUGGCAAGGAUACCUAGAAACGCGACUGCUGGACACAGUCGCGGUCGCGGGCGUGGUCGCGGGCGUGGGUAG